AUGAGGGCAUCUCUUGCUGUCUGCAUCCUCGCUGCUCUCCUGGCUACAGGGGCCUGUCUGCAGUGUGAGGUUUGCUCUGGUCCAGGAACCAGCUGCACGGGCGCCCUACAGACCUGCCCCGCUCGGUUUGACUCUUGUGGCAUCUCUCUGAUUGAAAACACAUUGGCGGGAGUGAAGUCUCACAUCAUUGUCAAGACCUGUGUGACACCCAGCGCGUGUAAAGCCGGCCUCAUGUCUAUCAGAUACUGGAAUGGAGAUACACUAAGGUUGAACAUGUCCUGCUGCAUGGGAGACGCCUGCAGAGCAACCACGGUUACACUGCCCCCGGCUGACACCGAACCCAACGGCCAGCGCUGCCCUGGCUGCAUCUUCUCAAACGCAAGUUACUGCGAGCAAGGGACCAUAGAGUGUACUGAGGCCGAGACCCAAUGUUUCUACUCAAUCAAAAGAAAAGGCACGUGA